UGUACUGAAAUGGAAAUUUACAAGAUUAUCGCCAUACGAAAACGGUAUUCUUCCUCUUCGCUGAAAUACCUUAUCGUGAUAAAGGUAAUGGAUAUACGAUGACAAGUAUCUCCACACCAAAAUAAUAAAAUCAAUACAUCAAAAUUAUUCUGAACACACUGCUUUAGAAUUUUCUAUACUGUUACAUUGUAAUACACUCAUUUUAAUACUCAGUUUCCAAUACCUACUUUUCCAUUAAUAUGUUCAGAUUCAAUUUUGUUUAUAAUGUUUGUGGAUAAAUUACAUAAGUUACUGUUCUGCGUUUGUUUUAUUAUACUUUAAAUGAAAAAUUCAAAUUUAUGUAAUGCCAUCCAAAUUCAUCAUUUCAGGUUUAUUUUUAAACUCUCGGUAUAUAUUUUAUUUUAUAUAGCAUAUUUUCUGUUACUUGUAGAAAUUUAGUCUAAACUAUCUCUAAUUCAAGAAUAGUAUUUUUGAAUGUUUUGUUCUUUAUCGGUGUUGCAUGUAACAAUAAUUGUUUAUAAUCAUUUAUAUAUUAAUAACUUAUUUUUUGUGCUGAUUUAGCUUUUCCAUCAAAUAAACCGAUAUAAUAGUCCUAUCAUUUUAUUUGCUUUAUUUCUGAUACAUUUAAUAUCUUGUAAAAUAAAAAGUCCUAUCCCCACCAGUGGUUAUCGAGCCAAUCAGGGAUCAGUUAAUUCCCCAUGCAGGCUUUAAAGAAUGCCCCGCAGGGGCGCUGCUCAUUACACGUUUGGACUUCGCCUUGUCAACGUUGUAGUUUCAAGUUAGUCAUAAAGAUGGCUCGUACCAAGCAAACUGCUCGUAAGUCUACCGGAGGGAAAGCUCCGCGUAAGCAAUUGGCGACAAAGGCUGCUCGCAAGAGUGCUCCUGCAACAGGAGGAGUGAAGAAGCCUCAUCGUUACAGGCCUGGCACUGUCGCUCUUCGAGAGAUUCGUCGUUACCAGAAGAGUACCGAGCUGCUUAUACGCAAGCUUCCCUUCCAAAGACUCGUCCGUGAGAUUGCUCAAGAUUUCAAAACUGACCUGCGUUUCCAGAGUUCGGCAGUCAUGGCGCUUCAGGAAGCCAGCGAGGCCUACCUCGUUGGUCUUUUCGAGGAUACCAACUUGUGCGCUAUUCACGCUAAACGUGUGACUAUCAUGCCCAAGGAUAUUCAACUGGCUCGUCGUAUUCGUGGAGAACGUGCUUAAGCAUAUUUUCAUCAUUAUAAUCGUCACCUAAAACAAAGAAUCGGUCCUUUUCAGGACCAAAAAUAAUUUUUUCGAGGAUCACAUCACGUAUCACACGAAAUAUGUCCAUUUAUAGAUUUUUUUAAGUUAAGUCAUCCUCAACGUUCGAAUUUAUGAUAAUGUUUUUCCUGUUACCAAUAAAUACUUUAAGAUUUA